AUGGAGGGCACUAUAGAGUCGGGAAUACCCUGGCUGCCGGCAAAGCGGAAAAGAUACGUCUUUCGAAAUGCCAAUCUCGUUGACCCAGUCGCUGGGGUGGUGCGGCCCAAUGUCACUGUGGCGAUGAGCGAUGGUGCAUUUGAGGAUGCAGAGCACAUCUCAGGAAAGGCAGACUCUGAAACGGUGGAGCUGGACCUCGGUGGUCGAUAUGUUUGUCCAGGACUCAUCGACUGCCACGUCCACCUGCAAUAUGUCCCAGGAUCGAAGACGUUGGGACAGAUGAAGAAGCUUCCCGAAGAAGUCAGGGCUCUCCGAUCGCCUCACCUGUGUGGCAAGAUGUUGGAACGUGGGUUCACAACGGUUCGCGACUGUGGUGGUAGCUCUGUGAAUCUUAAGAAUGCCAUCAAAGAAGGCGUUGUCAAAGGACCACGACUUUUCAUUGCUGGUCAUCAGCUCUCCCAGACAGGUGGCCAUGGCGACUUGCGGGACGAGAGUGAUAGCUCGUUGUGCUGUGCGGGCGACGUCUUUGGCCCGGGGCGGAUCUGCGAUGGUGUUGCCGACUGUAUGAGGAUUGCUCGAGAUGAGUUGCGGAGAGGAGCGGACUUUAUCAAGAUCCUAGGUAGUGGCGGCAUCUCGAGCAGCACCGACGCGCUUACAAUGGUCCAGUUCUCUCCAGAGGAGAUUCAAGCCAUGGUCUCUGUUGCGAAGCAGAGCGGGACAUACGUGACAAGUCAUGCCUACACACCGGCCUCAAUACGGAACGCGAUUGAUAAUGGAGCCAUGGGCAUCGAACACGGCAACUUUCUCGACGAGGAGACUGCCAGGACUAUGGCUGCGAAAGGAGUGUUCCUGACACCAACUCUCACAACCUACGAGAUAAUGAACACGCCGCCCUUCUCCAACUUUCUGCCCGAAGAAUCGAAGAGAAAGAAUGAAGAGGUGAUCAAAGCUGGUCAAGACUCGUUGCGCAUCGCCGACAAAGCAGGCGUUACAAUGUGCUACGGCUCGGAUUUGCUAGCAUCGAUGAUCCAGUUCCAGACUUACGAGUUCGUGCUCCGAUCCAAGGUGCUUUCCGCGGCCAAGGUUCUACAAGCCGCUACCGUUAAUGGAGCAAAAAUGUUGCGGCACGAGGGGAGCCUCGGUCAGAUCAAGCCUGGGUAUCUGGCAGACAUGUUGAUACUAAACGUCAAUCCGCUGGAGGAUAUCACAGUGCUGGAUAGACCCAAUAAACAUCUGAUGGCGGUGCUCAAGGAAGGUCGGGUUGUGGUCAGUCGAUGGAGCAAGCUGCCAGAAGAGCGGGGUGAGUUGGCGCAAAUAGAAUAA